AAUAUACUUACUAUAUAUAAUAAAAAUAAGCCAUGGCCCUCUCUAAGCUUCUAGCUGCUUCCCUUAUUCUAUCCUUUCUCCUCCUCCAACUUAGCGUCGACGCCGCUGAUAAAUCGGAGGUACCAACAGUGGAGGGGGAUGUUCCCGGUCCAAAGAUAGAUUGCAAAGGGAAAUGUGAUUUUAGAUGCAGCAAAUCAUCGCAUCCAAAUCUAUGCAAGAGAUCGUGCAACACAUGCUGUCAAAGAUGUAACUGCGUACCACCAGGCACUUCUGGAAACUAUGAAACCUGCCCUUGCUAUUACGCCCAAACCACCCAUGGUGGCAAACGCAAGUGUCCAUAGAACUACCUAUAUAUAGAUGCAUCCGAAACUGUAAAUAUAUAUAAGAGCAAUGCUAGGGGCCAGCAACUUUUGUGAUUAGUAGCCAUCAAAUAGCUAUCAAUGAUGAUUUAAUGGUGUGAGAUUGGUGUGAGACUUCAUCUAAUGGCUCACCUUUCUCUGCUGGUUACAUGCUGACCAAAAAUCAAUAAAAUUGUUGGCUCCUAAACUUUUCCUAUAUUAUAAUAGGAGGGAGGGCAAA